GGUGGCCUAUAAAUUAUGAUUGUGCGCCGGUUCGCCCAUAAGUAGCGUUUCCUCGGCUCCAAAAUCGAACACGAAGCGAACACGGCGGGCUCAUUAACUGGUUUUGACUUUUGAUUGUGAAUUAUACGGUUUUUCAAUCUCUUCGAAACAUGGAAUUGUGACUUGAAAGAUUUUCCAAAUUGAAGUUCAGGUUUCUCCUUUUAUUUUGCUUGAUUUUCGGACCGUAGCACACGGGGAUGUCUUCUGACCUGCUUCUAAAGCCGUCAUGCGGCGGCUGUGGGUCGACGUCAGAUCUUUACGGAAGCAAUUGCAAACACAUGACUCUCUGCUUGUCCUGCGGGAAGACGAUGGCGGAGAACCAUGGGAAAUGCUACGAGUGCGGAGUCCCUGUUACACGUUUGAUCCGGGAGUACAAUGUUCGCGCGAGCCCUGCCAGCGACAAGACUUACUUUAUUGGUAGAUUCGUAACAGGCAUACCUAAUUUUUCAAAGAAGAAAAAUGCCAGUAAUAAAUGGUCUCUCCAGAAAGAAGGACUGCAAGGACGCCAAGUUACCGAUGCCUUGCGGGAGAAGUACAAGAAUAAGCCUUGGCUUUUGGAGGAUGAGACAGGCCAAUCUCAGUAUCAUGGUCAGCUUGAGGGUUCACAAUCGGCAACUUAUUAUCUGCUCAUGAUGCAAGGAAAGGAGUUUGUUGCUAUCCCUGCUGGUUCUUGGUACAACUUUAACAAAGUUGCUCAGUAUAAGCAACUUACCUUAGAAGAAGCUGAAGAGAAGAUGAAGAACAGGAGGAAAACUGCAGAUGGAUAUCAAAGAUGGAUGAUGAAAGCAGCAAAUAAUGGACCUGCUGCUUUUGGUGAAGUAGAGAAGUUUGAUGACAAGGAAAGUGGUGGGGGUGGUGGGGGUGGUGGGAGAGGACGUAAAAAAGCAACUGGUGAUGAGGAUGAAGGCAAUGCCUCAGAUAGGGGAGAAGAAGAUGAGGAAGAAGAGGAGGCAAGGAAAAAUCGACUUGGACUCAGAAAAUUAGCUGGUGAUGAUGAUGAAGAAGGUCCAAGAGGAGGUGAUCUUGAUUUGGAUGAUGAUGAUAUUGAGAAGGGUGAUGAUUGGGAGCAUGAAGAAAUUUUCACUGAUGAUGAUGAAGCUGUGGGUAAUGACCCUGAGGAGAGAGAAGACCUAGCCCCUGAGGUUCCUGCUCCUCCAGAAAUCAAACAGGAUGAAGAGGAUGAAGAUGAAGCUAAUGAAGAAGAGGGAGGGCUUAGCAAAUCUGGGAAGGAGCUAAAGAAGCUGCUUGGUAGAGCAGGUGGACUGAAUGAUUCGGAUGCCGAGGAGGAGGAGGAUGAUGAUGAUAUGGAAGAUGAAAUGGGUAUGUCCCCUGUACUGGCUCCAAAACAGAAGGAUUCACCAAAAGAAGAACCUGCUGAUAGCAGUCCUUCAAAACCAGUACCUUCAGGUUCUGCUCGAGGAACACCCUCAACAUCCAAGUCGUCUAAGUCAAAGAGAAAAUCAGCCGGGGAUGAUGGGAAAGUUCCUAAUGGUGCUCCUGCAAAAAAAGGGAAGUUUGAAAAUGAAUCAAAAUCUUCUGUAAAGGAUGAACCCACAUCCACUUCCAGGGGUAAUGUGCCUCCAAAAGGGUCAGCAUCUUUGACAACUGGAUCAACACCCCCUACUGGUCCUGUCACAGAGGAUGAAAUCAGGGCUGUACUGUUGCAAAUGGCACCUGUCACCACACAGGAUCUUGUUGCUAAAUUUAAAGCGAGACUGAAAUCAAAGGAGGACAAGGCAGCUUUCGCAGAAAUUUUAAGAAGAAUUUCUAAGAUACAGAAGACCAAUGGAUCAAAUUAUGUUGUGUUGAGAGACAAAUGAUGUUUGGGCCCUACAUUAAGCUUCUCUUGCGGCCCAAAAUCUGGUUUUGCUUGAGGUACAGCAGUUGGUUUGUUGUAACAAAUCAGGACACUGUUGUCUAACUUUGCUUUUCCAUUGUGUACGUGUAGUAUGGCAUUAUGACUUUUUUCUCAUAUCCACAAUUGUUAAGAGAAACAAUUGAGGUAUUGUAUCUUUAGAGGGCGCCUGUUAGAAUAUGAUGCAAAAAGGCAACAAUGCGGUUAUGUAAAUCAAGUGAUGAAACCCCGGUGGUUGGGAUUGGCCGUUACCAUGAUUUCUAA